AUGGAGAAUGAUACGCAGCUAGCCGAACACUUGGAACACUUGCAUUUCAGUGCCUACAAGGAGAGAUUUGAACGAUUCCGACGUCGUGGGCUGUUGGGCGGAAUUAUAGACCCCAUGAAAACAUGUUUCCAGUGUUACAGAGUUUUUGACUCGUUUUUGGCUCUCCAGGUGAGUAUGUUUAAUUUUUCCUUGUGUCAAUUAUAAGCAUUGGAUCUUGAGCAACACCGUGAUAGAAUGCCUGAUUACUAUUCCAAAUGCUUAGUAAUCUGGUCAUCUCCCGACUGCCAGUAAUUUUGGAAGCAGAUUUGACACAAAACAUGCAAUAAAACUUUGUGAGAACCGAUCACAGGGUUGGUUUAUUUUGAGCCUCGACAUAAAGAAACACCGCGAGGUAAUGCAUGGUUCCCACUUUGAAUCAGUCUCGAGGACACAACGUUGCCAAAUACAAUCUUCAAUGUCAAUUUGAGGCUACGUGCAAAAACGCGGAUAUAACUAAAUUAUAGUCAUCACAGACUUUCAUACGGCUCAAUAUCGAGCCGACUGAAUAUAUCCAGCUCUGCUCUACGCAUACCUCGCCAUUUCGUGAAAUGUGGAGUUAUCUGAGUAUCGAUAAGUAUUACUGACGAUAACAAGGAGGACUGGAAUGACCAUUACUGUUUUUUCCGUUGCCAACCAGCCCUUGCCUAGACAUACCUAAGAAUUGAACCCGAGUCCAACCGACCUUGGGGUCACAGGUUCACGUCAUGUCGGCUGAAAUCGUGGAGAUUCAGUCACCUAGGCGUGGCCUAAACCAAGCCGUUCGAGUGGAGGACGAAGUGCAGACGUUCUGCUUUGCCUAAGAGACCCAACUCGUAGCCCUUGCAGGCAGUGGCACGGCAAUUAGCAAUUGAUAACCAGGAGGUACGAUCGAGGGAGGUUAGUGCAGACUGGAGUGAUCUCAGUGUCAGAUUUUGCGCCCGUAUUCCAUCCUGCAAUCAUGCCAGGUCAGUGAAAGCCACUCCUUGUCUAGGCGCAUCUUUUCGUCUGCUUACUUUUGAAAUGUCAUUUACGAUAGAGUGAAUGAAAGUCUGAGGCGUAAGUAUGCGCGGCUCGUUCAGCAUUUUGAAGUAUGUAUUUGCACGUGUUUACCAAGUGGUAGCGUAAAUGCAGAUGAGCUGAAAAUUACGUAGGUGCACAGAAUUCAGGCGGGAGAAUACGUAUAAAGUAAGCAUUUUCGAAAGAUAUGUACGGAUAAAGAGUUUAUUGUCAACCACCAGUUUUCGAAUUUGCUCAGGUGCACCUCAGCGUAGCACAUGGUACCCUUUACCCCCUCGUCUGCGGUCUAUGCCAUGAACCACUGACCACUCAGGCCUUUGCAGAGUCAGGAGUCGAAGCCGAACUUGCUCAGGUCAUGGAGUCUGUCAUUGAGAAGGUUGACGCCAACCUCAGGGACUAUGUUUCAACUCAUGGCGCCUCGGCGCCUAUUGAUUUGGAGAAGGUCCUACCACCGGUUGACAUGACGGCCACAACGGCUGCAGUGCGGCAUGCUAUCAACGCCGGCCUCUCGAUAGCUAUACAGGUGGAGGAAUUGAAAGCAGUGCGCUCGCUAGUUCGUGCCGGUGAGGCGGCUUUACGUUUGCCGGCAGUCAAUCUCCUCCUCGCCAUGAAGGCGCAUGAACGGCAGCACGUAGAAGAGUUUCGAGCACAGUACCAGCUGCAGCCGCAUGUUCGCUACGGUCAGCGUGACGAAUUGCUUAGGGAGCAAAUUUUGUGUGCAGAGAAAAGAGGCUUACAGGCAGGCUUACUGCUGCUGGUUGACGAGCUGCAGGACCUGCGAGCAGAACGUCUGGACUGUGAACAAGAGAAGCUAGCAUUCCGCGACACGAAAUCUCGUCCUGAGAACUCCGUGAGUCCAGCCUAUUUUCUUUACUGUGACUUCAUUUCAGAAUAGCCACUACUAAAAGACGUCGUUGUCCUUAGUGCCUUGUCGUUCCCUUUUCAGAAAUUAAAAUUAGUUCUUAAGUAGGACUUCAACCAAAAAAAUGUCAAACGAAAUUUGAUCUGUCGCUGCUAACUGGAUGCUUUUGCUGACUAUUUCUGUAUGGAAGGUCGGGUUGACGCUAGUUACUCUGAAUGUUACCAUGAUUUCUAUUUUGACUAACGUAUGAGCCCCAAGCAGUGAAAAAUCAGAAUUUUGGCGCUGGGUGUGAAAGGAUAUUAUGAGAAGUUUUUAACUGCGUAUCUGUUCUAGGUGUCUCAUCUUACCCCACCCGAAAAUUUCGCUUCCUUUGCCACUUUGUGUUGUUGGAGGGACAUGGGUCUACCUUUCACUGUUGGCUUGAGGAAUAAACAGCUAGCGAUUUUUUCAUAAAACUUACCUGCCCUGAAAAUGGACGCUACUCCUUCGCACAAGAAGAUAUAACAAAGGAAUGUUCAAAUAAAUUUGGCGUUUAUUAAUCCGUUCAAGCUAAACCAUCCACUUUAAUACCCUGUUGUAGCAUUCAGGCAGCAAAUCUAUCACUAGAGGAGAACGGAAUGAUGACGAGGAGGAGGAGAACCUGCCUGACAAACCAUUUGGUUUCACAAACACGUUAUGGAAACACUUCAAACAAUGCGAAGGCCUGCGGAGAAAACUUGAGGCUGAGUGCGACGAGUGA